UGCAGCGAGAGCGACAACGCCGAGGACGACGAUGUGUGCCGGCUCAUGUGCGUGGUCAACUUCAACUGCAGGUGCAGCUGCAUCGGCCUCCCCGAGAGCAGCCUGCUGCCGUCCGACAACGUCCUGUGGGAGGGGGUCUACUUCGACAGGCAGUGCGAGCGGAACCACCCCGCGUGUGACGGGGACUGUGACGAAAGUCAGGACUGUCACAAGUCGUGCAGCCCGAACCGACUCGGGUGCGCAUGCGACUGUCUUCCAGUGCACCAGAAGGUGGCUGCGACUUGCACCGAGACCGAGCGGUACACCACUCCGAUUCUGUACGCACUGCUCCUCUUCGUCAAUGUACUUUUGCCGUGACUUUGUGACUGUUUGAACCGCGUACAAGUACAAAGUAUGUAAGCGCCGCUGCGAGCGCCACCAGCGGCAGCGGCGUGCGGUGCACCACUCAGUGGAGUGAGAAAGCGCGACGCGAGGAAGCCGGCGACAAGGAACACUGCCGAUCAGCUGGCCGACAUGAAAAACAUAUUUUCUGUACCGAUACUCAGAAAGUUGCGAGUUGACCCAAAUGAUAUUCGUGUUUUUGGUGUCGUUAGUAACGACUACGUUAUGAACCGUCCGUAACUUUUCCUUCUGUGUAUCAAGUGUCAAACAACAGUGAUGUUUGGGUCGUUGGUGACAAAGGGUUAUCUUCCCAAGUUCUGCCCAAAAUGCUACAUUGUCGACAGAUUAUCUUUUGGGCGAAAUGGAAUCUUCAUUCAGCAGUCAGUGUCGAUUUCGUCAUUAUCUGGAAAACUUGAUUGGAUGGAUGACAUAACCUAACAACUGUAAACAAUGCUGUUGAAAAGCAAGUGUCUGUCUAGCCGCUGUCCGACGCGCACCGCCUUCUCCUUGCUCUGCUCCGCCGCGCGCCGGCCUCCCUCGCGGCCCCGGGAUCGAUCCCCGGCUGCGUCGCGGCCUGCUUGUUGCAGCGUUGUUUGUUUGGCGACGACGUCACGAGCGCCCCCACCGCCGCCUCCAGGAUGGCCCCGCAGUCACACAAUGGAACCGCAGCCGCGCUCGUGCGCGGUCCGCCGUCGUCCCCAACGCGCAACCGCUUCAGCCCGAACGCUUGUCGUGGAAGCCUCUGCCGCGUGGCCGAGCGGAGACCCCCAACAGAAUACGUCUUUAUCGUCUGCUGAGUUCCGCGAUGGAGAGUCUGCCGCCGAGCUGAGCGCUGAGCGCUUCGCUGAGCGCCACACGCCCUACCAUUCAACGCACACCUAAGGAGGAGCCCCGAUUCGGACCAGCGGCGAGCUCGCCCCAGCUCCUGUUCGCCACCCCGCGUGAGGGCGCCACGGUCGGCGUCGCUCGCGCGCCCAGGGCGCCGCAGCCCCCCCUGUUCAACCUGGAAUGUGUGAGAGAAUCCGUCGCCCUGGACCUGCGAGACUUAGCCCGCCUGCAACUCUCUAACAGUACUCGGACUAGAGAGAGGCAGGCGAGAUUCAGUUGAGGUUGUUAAUUCUCGUUAGCAGCGCAAAGUCGUACGACCAUGUACGGGGCUCGAUCACAUUUGAGGUUGCCCUGCAGUUUUUCUCCGGCAACGCUGGCUAGCAUCCAAGCCGGGCCUGCCUCCGGGGUAACGUGGUGGGCCAUGAUGUCGGGGGCGCCCUACGAGGACUCGCCGCCGCCGCACUCGCUCCCGGUCACCUCCCCGGGGCCGGUGGCGACCGCGGCCGUAGUGGCGCCCCCGCACACGCCCUCGCUCAACGCCUCCUCGUCGGCGGCCUCGUCGGCGUCGCCGCCCACCUCGGCGGUGCCGUCGUCCGUGCCGCCGGCGCCGUCGUCCGCACCCUCGGCGCCCAUCCACAUCCCGGCCAAGCGGCCGUCGACGGGCGGCGGCUACUCCGACUGCGGCGGGGGCGGCGGCGGCGUCGGGGGCGGCGACUCAUCGGGGAGCGUCAUCCGGCACGGGCACGCCCAGCCCUGGAGCUACCCGGGCGCCGACAUGGAGCAGCCCCACUACGGCACGCCCACCUACUACAACCUGCCGGAGCAGGGCCGGGACUCACGCAAGCCGGUGCCCUUCUGGUCGCCGGCGGCGGCCUCGGCCGCGCCCACGCCCACCCCCGAGUACAAGUACUCGGUGACGGCCGGGGGCGGCGCGGAGCAGCCCGGCUUCCCCCAGCCCUGGUGCAACUACCCGACGUACGCGGCGCCCCGCCACCACUCGGAGGCCGCGCACUACCUCGGCGACGAGAGGCGGGGCAUGGAGGCGACCGCCUUCAGCAGCCACGACUCGUACGCGCUGAGGAACUACCAGGACCCCGUGCCCGCCACCACCUACCCGCCGCCAGGUCAGUCCACAGGUGUGUGUCUUCGCCUUGCAUGCCUCUAUGUAGCCGUUGGUUUCUUUUUGGGUUACUUUACUUACCUUAGCACUAUCAUCAAGGUGUUUUCAUGCUGCCAAAAAUUAUGACCAAACAUCAGUCGUUGUGAUGAAACUGUCACAUCAAUGUGACAUCAAUAAGUUGUAAUAUGUGGUCAUUGUAAUGUCAUUGACAAUCAGCUGACUUCACCAUGAUAUUAUUUUCACCUUCCUUGCACGUAAUAUCUGCAUGUACUGAUCCACCUCUAUAGCAGGUCUAUCUGCCAAUAUCACCUCCCCAAUUA